UUUCAUUUGUUGUUUAGUGCGGCGGUGAAACCGGAAGUUUGGCAUGUCGUGUGGAUGGUAUCGUUGAGGAGACAUGGGGGUUAAAAUAGAGAUUUUUCGGAUGAUGCUCUAUGUGUCCUUCCCUGUGACGAUCUUCUGGAUAUCUAACAGAGCAGAGUACUUUGAGGAGUACGUUGUGAAGAGGAAGAAGGAAAUCUUUCCACCAGACGAGAAAAUGCAGAGACAAAGGCUUGAGGAAUUUAAGGAGCGCAUGAGAGAUCGCAGGGAGCAGAAGAUGCUGAAACGACUGGGCAUGGAAUCAGCCAACCCGUUGGACGAGUGACGUCUUUUUAUUACACAGACCAAACUAAGAUCAUGGUUUAUUAAGUGACCAUGAUAAGCCUGAGUUUGGUAAUCCAGUUAAGGGUAUAUUGCGGAAAAUGUAAAUAUUAAUGCGGUGCCGAAAAAACCUUGUACCUCCAUUUGUUUUUUCACUUUUUGACAUAAUAUAAAUUUAUCAGAUAUUUACAUACAAGAUAAAUAGACCAAUAGAAAUUAUCUAAAAUGACCUGGAAAUUAUUUGCAUUGACUUUUUUUUCUUCUCUAAUAAAAAAAAAAGCACUUUGAAGAUACAAGGUUUUUGAAAGGACAACAGGUGUGUUUUGCAUUGCAAUGUUUCCACAAACUACAAGUUUUUUGUGUAAAACAUAUACCCCAUAACACAUGAAAAAUACUGGCUCAUGUUGUUGCUGGAUAAUAUGCUCUAUAUUUAUUUUUUUCAAUCAGAAUGUUGCAUUGAUUUUCAUAUAAUAAUAUUCAUAUUCAUAAACUUGAUUAAACUUUGAUUUUAUCAGGUGA